AUGGCAGAAGACCCAGUGACAGAUGUUUUGGAUUCUGGAGGCACCAGUAGCAUUGUACAAACAAAAGAAACAGUUCCAUUGAACAGAUGCGAGGAACGUGCUCAGGGGCCUCUGGCUGAAUUAAAAAGUUCAGGAAGACGAAUAUGUGCUUGUCCUCCUCAAGGCAUCAUUGCCAGAAUAGCAACAAAUGUGGUAGCAAUAGCAUUGAUCUGGGCUGUAUUCUGGUCAAUUACAACCCAUGAAAGUCUUCCUGGUGGGAGCCUCUUUGGAUUUUUAUUCCUCUAUCUUUUUGCUGUAAUUGGUGGUAAAAUUAUGGGCUUAAUUAAAUUUCCUGGCCUGCCUCCACUCCCUCCUCUUUUGGGAAUGUUGCUUGUUGGAUUUCUUCUAAGAAACAUCCCACUGAUCACUGACAUAGUCCUGAUCAAUGUGAAAUGGGGAGCCACCCUGAGAAGUAUUGCUCUCUCAAUCAUCUUGGCCCGGGCUGGCCUUGGCCUUGAUCCAAAGGCUCUGAAAAAACUAAAGGCUGUCUGCUUUAGAUUAAGCUUGGGACCCUGCCUAAUAGAAGCGUGUACUGCGGCAGUCAUAUCUCAUUUUCUUAUGCACCUACCAUGGCAGUGGGGAUUUAUGCUUGGAUUUGUCUUAGGUGCUGUGUCUCCUGCAGUUGUAGUCCCUUCAAUGUUGGUUUUACAAGCAGGAGGAUAUGGUGUUGAUAAAGGUGUCCCAACUUUGCUAAUGGCUGCAGGAAGUUUUGAUGAUAUUCUGGCUAUCACAGGUUUCAACACCUGCUUAGGGAUAGCAUUCUCUUCAGGUUCCACCCUUGAAAAUGUCCUGCGAGGUGUAUUAGAAGUUGCAGUGGGUAUAGCAGCUGGUGGACUUUUAGGAAUUUUUAUUCGUUACUUUCCAAGCAAGGAUCAGACAUAUCUUGUAUGGAAGAGAGCAUUCUUUAUUAUAGGCUUAUCAAUGCUUGCAAUUUUUGGCAGUAUGUAUUUUGGUUUCCCUGGAUCUGGAGGACUGUGCACAAUUGUCUUGGCAUUCCUGGCUGGAUUAUCAUGGUCUGAUGAGAAAAAAGAGGUAGAAAAAAUUAUUAAGGUUGCAUGGGAUAUUUUCCAACCUUUUCUUUUCGGUUUAAUUGGUGCUGAAAUAUCUGUUGCAUCUCUUGAUCCUCAAACAGUUGGACUUUGCAUUGCCAUACUGGUUGUGGGACUAAUAGCCCGAGUUACAGCCACAUUUAUAUUGGUCUUUUUUGCUGGUUUUGAGCUGAAAGAGAGAAUAUUUAUUGCAUUAGCUUGGAUCCCCAAAGCUACUGUGCAGGCUGCAAUUGGCUCAGUUGCCUUAGAUACAGCUCGGGAGCACGCAGAUAAACAAUUAGAGAAAUAUGGCAUGGAUGUUUUGACAGUUGCUUUCCUGGCAAUCUUAAUCACAGCUCCAAUUGGAGCUCUAAUAAUUGGGCUGGCAGGGCCCAAACUUCUCCACAAGACUUCUGAUACCAACAGAGAAAGUCAUAUAUAUGAAGAAAGAGAAGAAAUAGAAAUACAAGGGCCAGCAUAG